GUAGAAGAAAAUAUUAAGACAUUUGUCAGCUGACCUACAAUAAAAUUGCUGCAGGAGUAUAGAAAAAUAUAUUUUUCUUUUAAAAUAAAUUACUACAAAAUAUGUCUGGAAAAGAUAGAUUAGCUAUUUUCCCUUCUAGAGGGGCGCAGAUGUUAAUGAAAUCACGUCUUGCUGGAGCACAAAAAGGACAUGGUCUUUUAAAGAAAAAAGCUGAUGCUUUACAAAUGCGUUUCAGAUUAAUUUUGGGUAAAAUAAUUGAGACUAAAACAUUAAUGGGUGAAGUAAUGAAAGAAGCAGCAUUUUCCUUAGCUGAAGCUAAAUUUGCUACCGGAGAUUUAAAUCAUUACGUUCUACAAGAUGUAACUAAAGCACAGAUUAAAAUUCGUACUAAAAAAGAUAAUGUAGCUGGUGUAACUUUACCAGUUUUUGAGUCAUAUCAAGAUGGUGCAGAUACUUACGAAUUAACAGCUUUAGCUCGUGGUGGUCAACAAGUUCAAAAACUAAAGAAAAAUUAUCAAAGUGCUGUAAAAUUAUUAGUAGAAUUAGCAUCACUACAAACUUCUUUCGUAACACUAGAUGAAGUUAUAAAAAUCACAAACAGAAGAGUUAAUGCAAUUGAACAUGUUAUUAUUCCUCGUAUUGAUCGUACAUUAGCGUACAUUAUUUCUGAACUAGAUGAAUUGGAGCGUGAAGAAUUUUAUCGCUUAAAAAAAAUUCAAGAUAAAAAACGUAUAGCACGUGCAAAAGCUGAAAAACUCCAGCAAGAAUUAUUACAAAAAGGAGUUGAUGUUCGUGCAAUGAAUGCCGCUAAUAUGCUUGACGAAGGUGAUGAUGAUGUUCUUUUCUAAAUUGUACAAAAGCGUACCAAUUUGAAAAAUUCAAGAAAAUUAAAUUUAUUUACUUGAAUUAAAAGAAAAGCAAAUGUUUUCCUUAAUCUUAAUAUAAAUAAACAAAAUUCGAGUUAAUUAAUUUUCUUUUAUUGUUAUGUCAUACAUAUAUAAAUAUAAAAUUACAUGAAUAAAAUUUUACAAAGUUGUAAAUAACAUAAUUAAAUAUGUGCAGUAUUUAUUAUUUUUUAUGUGAACAUAAAUUGUUAAUUAUAAAUGUCUCGUAAUAUUAAAAAUCAAAAUGUAGUAUAAAUUACAAAACAUUUACUUUAAUAGAAGAGACAAAAUUUGUUCAAUAUAAGAUAAUAAUUUAAAAAGGCUUUGAAUAAAAUGUAUUAUAAGCAAAA